AUGACAGAACAAGAAGAUUUAACAAUUGAAAAAAGUUCAGUAAUAGCAGUUCUUAAUGAAAACGGUUCAUAUUGGCUUGCUAAAAUUAUAAAUGUUGAAGAUGAAAAUAAAAAUAUUGAAAUUCAAUAUUUCGAUGAUAAUACGUUUACAAUCGAAAAUACUACUACACAAAUAGUUCAACGAGCAUCCAUAUUGUGUACAUUUGGAAGAAUUCAUCACAGCUGUAAACAAUUCAAAUUGUCAGAUGUUUUACAAGCAAAAUUAGUUAAACAACCCAUGUCAUAA